AUGAAUACCGAGGGAGUAAAAAUUAAGGAAAAAUGUCCCGAAUGCAAGGAGGAUAUAUAUUAUUGUUUUAGUCCUUUUGAUUAUCAAUCUUAUUAUUGCAAAGAUUGCAAUGCCAAACAUUUUAGUGAAAAUUUUCAAUUUUGGGAUAGUGGUGACUCGAAUAUUAAUAACUUAAUUCAAGAAUCACAACUUAAUGCAAAUAGAACGGGAGAAUUAAUUGAAUGGAUAGACUAUUCGAAUUUCGAAAAAUUUAAACCUAUUGGAGAAGGUGGUUUUGGAAGCAUUAGUAAAGCUAUUUGGAAAGACGGACCAUUAACAAAAAUAGGGUUCGCGUGGAGCCAUGAAAAAUCGAAAUGGAAACGAGCUGGUAAAACUAAAGUAGCCUUGAAAAGACUUCGAAAUUCCACAAAUUUGACGUUAGAUUUUUUAAAUGAGAUUAGGUGCAAUUUAAAUUUUAAUAGCUUUGGUAUUAAUCGGUUGUAUGGCAUUACUCGCGAUCCUCAAACAAAAGAAUAUAUUAUAGUCUCUGAGUUUAAGCCUGGUGGAAAUCUUAGGAAUUUAAUUCGAACACGUUACUCUAAUAUAACUUGGAGAAUGGUUAUUUACAUGCUCUCUAAUAUUGUAUUUGGGUUACAUAAGAUUCACGAAAAUAAUUAUUACCAUAAAGAUUUACAUAGUGGCAACGUCUUGAAUAGAAUUUACAGCGAAAAGAGCUUUGAUUCAACAAUUUCAGAUUUUGGCUUAUGUCGCCCGGCCAAUGAAAAUUCGGUCGAUCAGUCACUAUAUGGA